AUAAGAAGCCUAACACAAUUACAACAACUAUCAUACAGUAUUUUUCUGUUCCUUAGUCUACUUCAAUAUCACAAACCAAAACGAUGAAUCCCGAAAAAUGGGUCUUCAAUUUACUGCUUCCAUUUCUUUUCAUCAGAUUUUGCACUUCCAUUGACACCUUAACUCCAACCCAAUUCAUCAAGGAUGGCGACGUUUUGGUAUCCAGUGGUGAAACCUUCGCAAUUGGAUUUUUCAGUCCGGAAAAUUCCAGUCGCAGGUACGUUGGAAUAUGGUAUUACAAGAUUUCAGAACAAACUAUCGUUUGGGUGGCCAAUAGGGAUAGACCAAUCAACGGUACCUCCGGCGUUCUAUCCCUCAACCGGGAUGGAAACCUUGUCAUCUACGACAAUACCCGAAAUUCUACCAUUUGGCAGACAAAUGCAUCAGUAGUUUCUUAUUCAGCUCGACUCUUGGAUUCGGGAAAUUUGGUGUUGUUCCAAGGAGAUAGGGGGAGUGGUGGUGUUGUUUGGCAAAGUUUCUAUCAUCCUACGAAUACCCUGUUGCCAAACAUGAAGCUUGGGUUGGAUAAGAGGACCGGUCUUGAAUGUUUUCUCACAUCGUGGAAGUCGAGAGACGACCCUGGUACAGGAGAAUACUCCUAUCGGGUCGAAACGAAUGAGUUUCCUCAGUUGAUAGUAUUCAAGGGCUCAACCCGAGUCUGGCGGAUACCCGCAUGGUUAAAACCCCGUAGGAAUGACGAGGCUGAGACCACGGCAAGUUCCAUACUCAAUUCAACUUACGUGAACAAUCGCGACCAAGUCUAUGCGUUUUACACCCCGAUCAAUGCGUCAACCCUGUUGACAACGUUUGUGGAUGAAUUCGGUUCUUUAAAAUUCCUGACAUGGGUCGGCAAAUGGGUCGAGUUCUAUUCGAUCCCUGGAGACCAAUGCGUUGCUUACGGCCGGUGUGGUUCUUAUGGGUACUGCGACUCAAACAACAGGCCAGAUUUUGAGUGUACGUGCCUUCCGGGAUACAAGCCCAGGUCGGCAGAGGAGUGGUACCUACGGGAUGCCUCGGGCGGGUGCAUCAAGGAGCGCAAGGCACUUUCCAUGUGUGGAAACGGAGAAGGGUUUGUCAAGGUUGUGAACACAAAUAUUCCGGAUACGUACAAGGCACGUUUGUUGAUGAACCUAAGCAUGCAUGAGUGCAAGGAUGAGUGCUUGAGAAAGUGUUCUUGCUUGGCUUACGCGAGCGAAGCAGAAGGAGGAGAGAGAGCGAACUGCAUCACUUGGUAUGAAAAUUUGAUGGAUGUGAGAAAAUCCGUGACAUGGUGCCUUGGAGGCAGACUAGACUUGUAUGUACGGGUUGAUGCGGUUGAAUUAGCUCAACGUAUGAAAUCCAGGAGAAUAAAGCACAAAAAGGUUGCUGUAGUUGUGGUGGCAUCAGUUGUCUUAACAUCACUCCUAUUUAUCAUCUUAGUUUGUUGGUUGGAGAUGAAGAAGCGAAGAAGAGGGAUAGACAUUCAAGACAGUGAUGAAGAAAACAUAGAAUUGCCCAUCUUUGAUAUGGUCACCAUUUUAGGGGCAACUAACAACUUUUCUGAUAAAAAUAAAAUUGGAGAAGGGGGUUUUGGCUCUGUUUACAAGGGUCAUCUAUCAACUGGAAAAGACAUAGCUGUCAAGCGACUUUCGAGGGACUCCAAACAAGGUCUUAAGGAAUUCAAAAACGAGGUUCUUUUGAUCGCAAAACUUCAACACCGUAAUCUAGUUAGGCUGUUGGGAUGUUGCAUCUACGGAGAAGAACGAAUGCUAGUUUAUGAGUACAUGCCUAAUGGAAGCUUAGAUUCCUUCAUUUUUGAUAUAACACAAAGCAAAUUGCUCACAUGGAGUAGGCGCCUGGAUAUCAUUAUUGGGAUUGCUAGGGGUACUCUUUAUCUUCAUCAAGAUUCAAGGUUGAGAGUCAUUCAUAGGGAUCUUAAAGCUAGCAAUGUGCUACUUGAUAGUGAGAUGAAUCCCAAAAUUUCAGAUUUUGGCUUGGCUAGGGCUUUUAGAGGUGAUCAGUCAUCCGCAAAAACAAAAAGGGUGGUCGGAACUUAUGGUUACAUGGCUCCCGAAUAUGCAAUCGAUGGCCUAUUUUCAUCAAAAUCAGAUAUUUUUAGCUUUGGAGUCAUAGUUUUGGAGAUAAUGAGUGGCAAAAGGAAUAGAAAAUUCCAUCACACAGACCAUGAUCUAAACCUUCUUGGACAUGCAUGGAAACUUUGGAUUGAUGGAAAGGCUUUUGAAUUAAUAGAUCCAAUGAUGGAGGGUUCAUUUCCAAUGUCUAAGGUGUUGAGAUGUAUACAGAUUGGUCUCCUAUGCGUGCAGAAAUGCCCUGAAGACAGGCCGACUAUGUCAUCUGUGGUCUUAAUGUUGGUUUCAGAUAUUGUAGUUUUGCCCCAACCCAAGCAACCUGGCUUUUAUAUUGAGAGGAGUUCCAAAGAGACGCAUGAACGUUCGCCGGCUCAAAGUUCUCCGAGUAUCAAUGAUGUGACAAUGACCCAGCUAGAGGCUCGCUAAAAUAUGUCGUUUAUGGUCUUAAAU